AUGGCGGACGAGGAAGCUCAAGUAUCCGACGGUGAAAGCCGUUCUGCCGAGCCGGGAAGAACCCAAAAUUCCCGCAGGCAUCCUAAAAAACGCACCAAAACAGGAUGUUUAACAUGUCGAAAACGUCGCAUUAAAUGUGGCGAGGAAAAGCCCACAUGUGGUAAUUGCGUUAAGUCCAAGCGUCAUUGCGAGGGCUAUGCCCAGAGGGUGAUCUUCAAGAACCCGCUAGGGAUAUUGGGGCCAUAUGGCCCACCACAGGUUCAGCAGGCCCAGUCUCAACAGCCAAGCCUACGCGUUCCGCUAUAUAGUGAUUUCAGCUCUCUGCCGCCUCAACAGGCGGCGGCGGCGGCACAGCAUCCCAUGUUGGCCCCACGACUAGAUUACCCCACGCCUUUAGGGUAUCAAUACCCUGCUCCACUUGCUCCACCUGCUGCAGGAGCUGGAAUGCCUCAGCCAGAGAUGCAGCAGAGAGUUGAUUCUUCCCACUUUCAUUACCCAGCGCCUUCCGCACAAUCGUGGCCUUCUUACCCAGUAGGGCAAGAUGGGCAGGGGACGAUCCCCUCUGCCCAACUUGGCUACGCACAGCAUCAGCCUCAACUGAUUAAUCCUGCUCCACAGUAUAGUGGACUGGAUCCUCAGUUGCCACAACCCAUUACCGAUUGGGCAAGUAUUCCUACCCGGAACUAUACCGACAGUCAAUACCCCAAGCCAUUUGAUCCCUCGACGACAAUCCAUAAUUCUAUUCCAUUGCCUAGACAGCCUCUACAACCUGCUGCCCCUGCACAAUUCAUUCCACCCUCUCAACCGCAGGUCGUAUAUCUUGAAGACGAGGCAGAAGACUACUAUGACGUUGAAUCCGACGAGGAUUUGGAGGACCAAGCCCAGACGGAGAGCUUCAAUCAGCUGAAUCUCAUCAUGGCCUCUGCCAAUUAUGAUGACCGUCGAAUGCGUUCCUUUACCACUCACCUGAACGAACCAAACAUCCUGUCCUCCUACCACCCGACGCUGGGAUCAUCUCCCCUGAAUAAUCCCAAGACUGCCCGCAUCUUCGCGCACUUUAUUCAUUCCACCGCCCCUUCAAUGUCUGUAUUCGAGCGGCACCCGAUUGACUCCUCGAUCAUGCUGGGCAGUAUUGUCCCACCUGCUCAACAAGGUCUGUGGACAUACACACUUGCCCUUAAGGCCUUGGAGCAUCCAGCCCUUCUGCAAGCCAUUCUCGCCGUUGGCAGCUUGCACAUUGCGUACCUACAACAGGCCCCUACUACCGUCUCUCUGAAGCAUUACCACUACGCCUUGAAGCGUCUAGGUCGUGCUGUCGGUCUUCCAGGGCGACGAAAACAGAUUGGCACUAUGGCAGCUACCACACUUUUGGCCUAUUACGAGGUCAUGUCAGCUGAUCACAGUAAAUGGAAUAGUCAUGUGGCUGGUUCUGCGCAGUUGAUUCGCGAAAUUGAUUUUGCGGGUAUAGCUCGGGAUCUUCGCGCUCAUCGUCGCAGGGUCAAUGAACAUCAAGCUCAAAUGCGAUGGUCCAAUCCGUCGAUGCAAUACUACUCAUCCUACGGCAGUGAGGUAUCCGAAGAUGAUCCUUUUUCUGAAAAGGAAAUGGCCAUAGACCAAGCUCUCAUUAGCGUUUUGAUGGGUCAAGUGGUUAACUAUGAUCAGUUUGGCCAUGUUGAAGGCUACUCGCAACCUCCAAGAAAACACUUUUCUCGGAAGGACAUUGAGAAUUUCCGGAUCCAGAGUGACUUGUAUUGGUGGUUCACGAAACAGGACGUGUUUCUUAGUUUGAUCAGUGGUGAAAAGACAUUUGUACCUCAGUAUCUUCGAAGCCAAUGUCCUCCUCGAGCACCAGUUGGUCGAAUAGACGCGAUCUAUGGAUCUGCCGAUCACCUUUGGCUCCUACUUGGCCGGAUAUCUGACUUUGGAGAACGGGACCGCAGGCGAAAGCUGAAGAAUUCCCGUGCAACAGGCAUACCUUGGAGGCCAGGUCCAGAGCUCUUCCGUUUCAUGGGUCGGUUUGCUGGCGGGACUGGACCGCCUGGGGGUCCAAGACCCUCUGGACCCCCGGGGCCUCGGGGGCCACCAGGGCCGCCGGGGCCACCUUCAUCUUCAUCUGUAUCCUCUAAUUCCAAUAUAGGAAGCAGCCCCGGUGCUCCUUCAGAGUCUUCCCAGGAAAGCCCACCCGCCCAGGGACCACCUCCAGGCCCACCAGAGGGACCUCCGAUGUACGGCAUGAUACCACCGCAGGAUCCAGUCCAAGUGCCACCGGCAUUCACAUAUGACAGUCGUGGGCAGCCGAAAUCACCAGAACGAGCAGAGAACGAAGAUGCAACAUACGCCGAGGCAGAACGUGAAUGGGAAGAGAUCCUGGUUGCUAUGGAUGUCUACGUUCAGGCCUUGGGCCGGGAUUUCCAGCCACUGCCCGCAGAUGUGACGUCCGUCAUCGAUUCUCCAUUUGGGCCGGCUCUGCAGUACCGGACACACACUAUCGCCGUGGUCUGGGGAAUGUAUUACGCUGGACGAAUCUUGUUACACCGCCUCCACCCUUGUCUCCCCCCAGCCAUGAUGAUCGCUGCUGGUGUAGCUGCUCCUACAACUAAAGAGUAUGCUCAGAUGAUAGGCCGCAUCACGGCCGGUAUAUAUUAUCCGCAACGCUAUAACCUCCAAGCUGGUAGCCUGAGCCCGACUCUUGGUUCUUCGCUAACGGAGAUGACCAUGCCGAUCUUCUUUGCUGGUGUGCAGUAUGUUGACCAUGCGCAACGGGUCUGGACCAUCGCCAAGCUGAGAGAUGUUUCACGACUUACUGGAUGGAAAACCUCCGACGCUAUUGCGGGAGGUUGCGAGAGCUCUUGGAUCAUUGCGGCUAAGCAUGGACGGGGACCGCCAUAUGAGCGUUCUUUUAUAAGUGAACGUGAGCGUCACCGUGAUGAUCCUGAUGACCCUCCACAAUAUGUUGUCGAUAGAGAGGCGGAAGAGCUGUCUAAUGAUGAUCGACGAUUUGUCACAUUCCGGCCACCCGACCGAGCAUUUUUAGCCAUGGGACUUUUGAGUCUAGAAGGUGAUUUGAAAAAUCUAGAAAUCUAA